GUUGCAUACCGGAACCUAUUAACAGCAUCUCACGUUGUUUUCGUAGACAGAAAAGGGUGUCUGUUGUGAUAUAUUUUAUGAAAUAAUAUUUCGUUCAUUUGGUCUUGGUGACAAAUGUAUGGUGCGUUUUGCCGCUAUGUACAGUCCUUAUGUGCACAAUUCUGGUGUUGAGGACGGUUAGAAACAUAAUUCGAAAAUGGAUUUGUCAGGGAUCCUGGACAACGUCCGGAUUUCUGCGGAACACAUGCAAUCUGAAGACAACUGUGCUCCGUCUGUCUAUCAUGACUGUCCAUUAGCUAGGGUACUUCAUCAUAUCCAGGAUAUGCUCAAGUCAAACGCGUCUGAACAAGGAGUUUACAUACUGGGCUCCACUGAACAGUUUUUUCUCAAUGCAGAUGUCAGUUGGCUCUUCCCAGACAUUCCCGACACAGAGUUAAGGAGCUUAUACAUAGACUUUGUGAAAUAUUUGACAUGUUAUGCUGCUUUGCCUCUUUGUGAUGCGGAUAGUGGAACUCUACCCCCGAGCGUCUACAAGGACAUUCCUGGGCGCGCCUCUGAAGUGAGCGCUGUGAUGCAGGCUCUCCUUCUCCGACUUGGGGAUACAGAGGCGCAUUUAUCUCAUAUUACCCGCAGUAGGUCACUCACGCAUGCACUGGCAUCAUGUAUGUCUGUGUUUGCUGUGACUCACCUUCAGGACCAGCCAUGGACCAGUGAAGCUUCUAAGAAAGAUGCCUUGAGUCUGCUCGUUUCCAUAUCUCAGGCUGCGGGCCAUGAGUCUUUCCUGGGCUUGUUGUGUGGGAAGACUGUAGAUGACCACACAGGAGUUGUCCAAUCUGUUCUGGAUAUACUCAAGCCAGAGCUGACAAAGGAAAACUGGAAACGGAACCAGGCCACGAAGCAUGUUUUCUCCUGGAUCUUGGUCCAGGUUAAGAGGCCGUAUUUGGGCUCUUAUCUAGAGAGUGUCUUCCCGCCAUCCCUGCUGUUCUCGGAUGAUUACCUUAUGGAAAACAAAAUCCUUGGUGUUCACUGCUUGCAUCACAUUAUACAUAAUGUGCCUGCAGCAGACCUACGGCAGUUCAACCGAGCAAAUGUGCUCUACCAUGCACUCUUCAACCAUCUGUACACGUCUGAGGCCCCUCUCUUAGAGGUGGUCCUGCCCUGCCUCCUAGACUUGUUAUCUGUUCUGGAGAAGUCCCCUGCAGAGAUGUCUUGUCCCCGGAAGAGAAAUCGCUAUGAUAAGGUGCUGUCUCACAUCCUAGUCUAUAUGGAGAUGGAGGACAAGAUUGCUGUCCGUCGCCUUUACGCUAGCAUUCUUCUUCCUUUCAUUGAAAGGAUGGGCAUUGUAAUUGCUCGUCAUCUUAAACGCCUGGAGAGUGUCAUUGUUGGAUACUUGGAGAUAUCAGAUAGCCCAGAAGAAAAGACAAGACUAAGUAUCCUGGCGGUCUUAGAGAAGACAAUUCAAGUUGCUUGGCCAAGGAUUGAAUGCCGGAUGCCUGUUCUAGGACGGAGUCUGUUGAGACUGCUGUGUGAUGUCACCAGAGAGACACAAAGCCCAGAUGUUAGAAGGGACCUCCUGGCCAAAACCACUCGCUGUCUCCAGAUGUUGGACCACUGCUCCCACGGCAAUCUCAAAGUGAUCCUGAACGAGGUGGAUGACACCUGUGCGAAUGAAACUGUGCUUGAGUGCAUCAGAAAGGUAACUGACCCCCCACCCUGCGACUGGAUCCCAGACACAGUGGCGCCCUGCUGAGGACCACAGAGGGAAGCAGUGCUCUUCCAGGGAGGGGGAUGCACAUAUAUGCACAUUGGGAACACAGAAAAGCUGGCCAGAAUGAUGGAACUGUUUAACAUUUUUAAAUCUGCGCUUCUCUGUAAAUCUGGAAAAGCACUUUUUUCUGUUUUCUCCUUUGAGGACUUCAGAAAUGUAUUUAGUAGGUCUCAACUAGUGGGAUUACUCUAUAGCAGUGUCUGUACAAUACAGGUGGACUACAUUUGUCUUUUGACAAUCCUUAAUUACGAUAAAAUCAUUAAUCAAGUCUAUGUUGUGAUAGAAAUCAAACUAUAACUUUGUAAUAUCUAGAAAGUAAUGUGGCAUUUUUUGUUAAAAAAAAAAUAAAAAAUAAAGUCGGAUCCUUACUUCUAAACGUGUGUAUUUUCUGU